GGCUUCCCUCUCGCGCUUCCAUAACCACCACAUAGUCUUCGCCGUAUAACCUUCUCAGUGAUUCUAGGACACCACCCAGCAUGUCAAGGCGACCGAACCCGGCGGCGGAUCGUGCUGCCCAAAAUACACAAACCCUCAAGAGUCUGGUCAAGUUGGAAGGCAACAAGAGUUGCGCCGACUGCAAGAGGAACAAACAUCCUCGAUGGGCAAGCUGGAAUUUAGGCAUCUUCGUUUGUAUCCGAUGCUCGGGUAUUCACCGCGGAAUGGGAACACACAUCAGCCGGGUCAAAUCUGUGGACCUAGACUCCUGGACGGAUGAACAACUCCAGAGUAUGCUUCGGUGGGGCAAUUCGCGGGCGAACAAAUACUGGGAAGCGAAGCUUGCUCCCGGCCACGUGCCAUCCGAAUCGAAGAUCGAGAACUUCAUUCGCACAAAGUACGAGUCUAAGAGAUGGGUAAUGGACGGACCUAUGCCAGAUCCAGCGACAUUGGAAACUGAGGGCGAUGAUGACGUGCCGUUAAACGUAGUCCAAGAAAAGGCGAAGCUGGAGAGGUCAUCGUCACAGCGAGCUGCUUCUGCUGGAAACCAAUCUCAAUCCAUCCAACCACCGGCUCGACGACCUCAAAACGUGGAUCUAUUCGGAGACGAUCCCACCCCUCCUCGGCCCAACACUGGCCCCCCAAUCAGUAGAGCUGCACCCCCCAAAGCUGCGCCAGCGCCACCUAAGCAGACUAGGCCUGCGGACUCGUUACUGGGACUUGAUUUUUUCGGUGGCAGUCAGAGUGCACCUCCCGCGAGACCAUCUAGCACAACCCAGGCAACUUCGUCAGUACCAUCACGGCCAGAUCUCAAGCAGUCGAUUCUCUCGCUGUAUGCGUCAGCACCAAAACCACCUCCGCAGCCACAAGUACAUCAUGGACACUCAGACUCUUUCGGCGGUCUAGGUGGCAUAGGCGGUAUGCAAUCGCCACCAGUACAGCAGCAAUCCUCACAACAGUCCCAAUUCGGCGGAAUGAACGAUGCUUUCAGCAACCUAAACUUCAACCCUCCACCCGCUCAGCAACAGCCGAAGCCAUCCGCAUUCUCCGACCUUGCCAGUUUCUCAAGCCACCGCACAACUCCUCAGAGCACCACUUCAUCCGCAUUCGGCGGGGGUGGAAGUUUCUUCGACACCAUACCGAAGUCACCCCCAGCUACCACCUCCAUCCAGAAACAGCGAACCUUCAGCUCCGACGGCGGCUUCGGCGACUUCAGCUCCAUGACCAAGACCACUCCCGCCGCAGCCCCCAAACCAGCCGCUAGCUCAGGCAUGGGCGACCUUUUCGACCUCUCCAUGCCCUCAUCCACCCCGGCUGCCGCCCAGAAAACCACCGUCGUCUCCCCAAGCACGAACAUGCACUCCGCUUUCAACCUAUCCGCCCCUGCUCAACCCAAACCCGCACCCGCACCCGCCGCUGCUCCAAGCUACUCCGGCUUCUCUAACAUGGACGCAUGGGGUAGCACAGAUGCGUGGGCGACGUCAAACACCACUACCACCGCCCCUGCGCACACAGUGCCGAAGUCACCAGCCUGGGGCGCGCCUGCGAACCCCGUGUCGCCAAAGAUCAGCCAGGAUGAGGAUUUUGGGGGAUGGAGUAGUGCGGCGCCUGCGCCGGCGCCGGCGAGGAGUGGAGGAUCGAAGCCGUUAGGUGGGAUAGGGGGUGAUGAUUUGUUUUCGAAUGUUUGGGAGUAAGGGGAGGAUGUUGGAUAGGAGGGUUGCGGUUGGCUUGAUUAGUUUGGAUUAGAGGAGUGGAGCGGGCAUGGGAGGCUAGCGUGGUGUUGGUGUAUACAUAUAUAUAUAUGAGAAAAUGAGUAGAUG